CGUCACGUCGAACUCCAACCCGUCAGACGCUUGAGCAAAGAGAGAGAGAGAGAGCGAGCAAACGGGGAUUGGAGCUAAUCUUGUGGUUGACGGACACACUGCAUGAUGCGCGAAUACAAGUUAGUAGUCCUCGGUUCUGGAGGUGUCGGCAAGUCUGCGCUGACUGUUCAGUUUGUUCAGGGCAUCUUUGUGGAGAAGUAUGACCCCACAAUAGAAGACUCGUAUAGAAAGCAAGUGGAGGUGGAUGGCCAGCAGUGUAUGUUGGAGAUCCUGGACACUGCAGGGACGGAACAAUUCACAGCCAUGAGGGACCUGUACAUGAAGAACGGCCAGGGCUUCGCACUAGUAUACUCCAUAACUGCACAGUCCACAUUCAACGACCUGCAGGACUUGAGAGAACAGAUCCUGCGGGUUAAAGACACCGAUGAUGUGCCGAUGAUCCUAGUGGGGAAUAAGUGUGAUCUGGAGGAUGAGAGAGUGGUGGGAAAGGAACAGGGACAGAACCUGGCCCGCCAGUGGAACUGCUGUGCCUUCCUCGAGUCAUCUGCAAAGUCCAAGAUUAACGUCAAUGAGAUCUUCUAUGACCUGGUCCGACAAAUCAACAGGAAAACCCCAGUACCUGGGAAGGCACGCAAAAAGUCCAACUGUCAGCUGCUCUAAUACACAGCUGUUCUGUUGCUCUGAGCCAGGUCUGAUUUACUGCUGUGUCUGUCAGCAGUGCCAGCAUUCCGACGUUACUAAAACCUAACAUCGAAUGGACUUUCCUGUGUGGUGAUGCCCCUUUAAAGAAACCAACCGACAGAUUCAAGGCUACAGUAUCAUAUUUUUUGCACAUAGAUAACCAUCAACACUUUCCAGAGUUGCAAGAAAGAUUUUUACUUCUAAAUAUAUAUAUUCUAACUGUAUGCAACUAAAAUACACCAAUAAUUACGUGGAUAAAUGAAUAAAAUCCUAAAACAAUUUUAAAAACCCAGAGCCUACACACAGUGUUAUUGCUAACGGAGUCAGUCACCGUUGGAAAAGUAAGGAGCGUGUGUUGAACCUGACUGUGCACGUUGCCAUGGCAAUUACAAUGAUGCGAUAUUUAUAAGCACCACUAUUUUAGCCAGAGAUGAGAGGAAGUCCAAAGACACCUAUAUAGUCCAUUUCAUACAGCUAACUUUGCUCCUUGGUUUCUGUGCAUUUCUUUCUGUAGAUUGUCUUUUGUAACUUUUGUUUUUUUUUCCAUCCUAAUUUUCCUCCUUCAUGCAUUUUCUCUUUUAAAAAGUUACUAGUUUUUGCUCUGCCAAGAUGGUAUAUCACAUGAACUAUUGAUAUAAGUUUUAUCUUUAGGAAAACCUGUGGAUACAUGUAUGUGUAAAAAUUAAAAUUAUAAUUUCUGUCACUAUUA